AUGCUUCAUCUCGACUUGAUUAGCACCCUCAAGGACAUGUUUGGGCGGGUUGACAACGCCAGACCGUCCCAUGCCAGAGGUGUCUUCGUCACAGGCUCCUUCACCCCAACUGAUGAGGCCAAGGAAUGGUCCACUGCACCUCACUUCAGUUCCUCUUCAACCCCAGUCAUAGCUAGAUUCUCUCUCUUCACUGGUAUCCCGAAUUUGCCAGCGACUGACCCCAACGCAAAUCCUCAUGGUUUUGCUGUCCGAUUCCUGAUUGGGGAGGAUGUCAAGACCGACAUCAUCUGCCAAUCCUCAACUGUAUUCCCUGCAAAUACGGGGGAGGGUGUUCUUGCUUUCUUCCGUAAUUACAGAGACGGCACUUUGGAAGAAUACGUCAAAGACCAUCCCGAAGCCCUCCCUUUCAUGCAGGAGGAUAGAAAAACCCCAAAGAACUUUGGUACCCAGUCGUUCUACUCCAUCAACGCUUUCAAGUUUAUCAACGCUGCUGGUAAAAGCGCCUUCAUACGAUAUCGCUGGGUUCCGUUGUCGGGGAGACAGUUUCUGACACAGAGCGAGCUUGAGGCCAAGGGGCCGAAUUUUCUCUUCGACGAGCUACCUGGUGUCUUUGCACAAGGACCGAUUAGCUUCAAGCUGGUAGCACAGGUAGCUGGGGAAGAUGACAUUACCCAUAACUGCAACGAAAUAUGGCCAGAGGACCGUCAGCUGGUGGAGCUUGGUGUGCUCACCCUGACCGCGGUUACCGAUAAGGAAGCUCUUCCUCCUCAGAAGAACACCAUCGUGUAUAAUGUCAUGCCUGGCGUGCCAGGUAUUGAGCCAUCGGAUGAUCCUGUGCUGGCGGCUCGCGCACGGGUGUACGUGACAAGUGGACAGACUCGACGGGAAGCUGAGCCCGAAAAUUAG